AUGGAAAUAAUACAUCUCGGAGAUGCGCGCUACGAGGAACACAGCAACGGCUGGAACACUCUGUAUGGGCACAAACCAACCUCGAUUCUGCUUCCUAGGACGGCAGAAGAGGCAGCGUCUUGUCUUAGCGAUGUAAUUCGCCGAAAAGAGAAAUUUCGGAUUCGCUCUGGCGGCCAUGAUGUCAACGGCUACUCUGCAGCAGAUGGUGUCGUCGUUAUUGAUCUGCGUCAUCUUGAUACCGUUGAGAUCAGUGACGACAAUACUCACGUCAAGGUUGGCCCUGCAGUAAAGUUCAAAAAGCUUUACCCGGCCCUCGCCGAUCGCAAGCUGGUUGUUCCAGCGGGGAUUUGCAAUGAUGUAGCGGUCGGUGGCCACGCACUGGGUGGCGGGAACGGCUACCUGCAUCGUUUCCUCGGGGCAAGCUGCGACACGGUCAUUGGUCUGAAACUCAUAGACUGCCAUGGUAGACUAAUCCAUGCAAGCUCCGAAGAAAAUCCCGACCUGUUUUGGGCCUUGCGUGGGGCUGGGAAUGCAAACUUCGGCAUGGUCAUCGAAUACACCUAUCGAACAACAAAGGUUGAGAAAUUCUCUACUUUUGCGAUCACAUGGAAGUGGGACGAGUUCAACGAAAUCUUCAGUUCCUGGCAGAAUUGGGCACCAUAUACCGAUACGCGUUUGACAUCGACAUUCACGCUUUAUAAAGAUGAAAUUACAGCGAUGGGUAUGUUUGCUGGACCCAAGGAAGACCUUCAGUCGAUCUUGCCAAAUUUCAUCUUGAAGCCCGGCAGUGCUGAAGUCCUUUCAAUUGACGAUUCAGUCGCACAUGAACACGCGACCUUCGCGGCUGCAGCCGUCAUGUGUGAUUUGCUGGAUGAUGCUGCGCUAGUGGAUUUUGAAGACAUUAUUCGUCACUCACCGGGCACUUCAUCAAUUGUGUUUUUUGCUCGCGGUGGGCGCAUUUGUGGCGUGCCAUCCGACUUCAACGCAUACCGCUACCGCUCCCAGAGCCUUGAGCCAAUGUUUCGGACAACGUGGAAGGAUGAUUAUGAUCGUGAAGCUUGCCUGAAUUGGAUUACGAGCGCAUAUCGCCGAUUGAAGUCUCACUUCCAAGGAGUUUACAAAAACUGGACUUAUUCGAAGGUAGAGUGCGGAAUGUAUGACUGGUACGGGGACGACAUCCCACGGCUGGUCAGCGUUAAGCGAAAGUUCGAUCCCGAGAACAUAUUCUCGAAUCCUCAGUCUCUUCCCGUCUAUGUAACCGAGCAGCAAAUCAAUGAUUGGAACCUUCCAAAGAGUGUUGUCGACAUUUUGGAUCAACAGGGCAGUCUGGCUGAGACUUCCCAAUGCCACGCUAUCAAUUGA